AUGAAAUAUUGUAAUAAAAGUUUUCAAUUACAAUCUCUGAUGAUAUUUUUUCUCUAUAUUAGAGACAGCGAAUUGAAAUGUUUCCACGAAGAAGAAAAAAAUUUCUUGAAAAAAGUUGAUGGAUAUGAAUUGCUAAUUUUGUAUAAUUAUCUUGGACAACAAGAGGUCUAUUCCCGUUAUUUGAGAAUUCGAUUAAAAGAAGACCCGAAGUUAAACAAAAUAAGGCAGUUUAAUCUGGCCUAUAAGUGUAAACGAAUAGAUUAUCCAGGAGUCACGUACAACAUUCAUGUGACACCUUACUCUUUGGACGGACAUGCCAUUGAAGAUUACACAGGAUUUUAUAAAUCCCCUUGCUUAUUUGAUCAUUGGAAACAUAAAGGGUAUGGGACUGUCCAUAAAGGAUGUCACGCUUCAAGGUGCGGGAGGGGGUCCAAAUAUUUGUGA